AGCGCGGGGUUUGAUGGGAAGGAAUUGGCAGGGUCUCUCUGUCAGUGGAGUCUCGCUCUCCGCUCCGGAGGCAGGCUGCGCAGUGGCGCCCGAAGCUGGCAGAGGUGGACUCCAGCGCCGGGCUUUGCCCGCUUCUUGAAGCUGUGAAUUCCUUUGGACAAUUGAUGGUAUUUAUCAUUGUGCUCAGUUUCUGCAAAUAAAAGAUGGGUGGAUUAUUUUCUCGAUGGAGGACAAAACCUUCAACUGUAGAAGUUCUGGAAAAUAUAGAUAAGGAAAUUCAAGCAUUGGAAGAAUUUAGGGAAAAAAAUCAAAGACUACAAAAAUUAUGGGUUGGAAGAUUAAUUCUUUACUCCUCAAUUCUCUAUCUGUUUACAUGUUUAAUUGUGUACUUGUGGUAUCUUCCCGAUGAACUUACAGCAAGACUUGCCAUGACACUCCCAUUUUUUGCUUUCCCAUUGAUCAUCUGGAGCAUAAGAACUGUUCUUAUUUACUUCUUUUCCAAGAGAACAGAAAGAAAUAAUGAAGCAUUGGAUGAUUUAAAAUCCCAGAAGAAAAAAAUACUUGAAGAAGUCAUGGAAAAAGAAACUUACAAAACGGCUAAAUUAAUUCUUGAAAGGUUUGAUCCAGACUCAAAGAAAACAAAGGAGUUUGAGCCACCAUCUGCUGGAGCAGCUGCAACUGCAAGACCUGGACAAGAGAUUCGUCAGCGAACUGUAGCUCAAAGAAACCUUUCUCCAACACCAGCAAGCUCUAGCCAGGGCCCUCCUCCACAAGUUCCAGUCACUCCUGGACCAGCAAAGGACACUUCAGCCCCUGGUGGACCCCCAGAAAGAACAGUUACUCCAGCCCUAUCAUCAAAUGUGUUACCGAGACGUCUUGGAUCCCCUGCUACUUCAGUGCCUGGAAUGGGCCUUCAUCCUCCGGGCCCACCUUUAGCAAGACCCAUUCUCCCCCGAGAACGAGGUGCUUUGGAUAGAAUUGUUGAAUAUUUAGUUGGUGAUGGUCCACAAAACAGAUAUGCCCUUAUAUGUCAGCAGUGUUUUUCUCAUAAUGGCAUGGCUUUGAAAGAAGAAUUUGAAUACAUUGCUUUCCGAUGUGCCUACUGUUUUUUCUUGAAUCCUGCAAGAAAAACCAGACCCCAGGCUCCAAGACUUCCAGAGUUCAGUUUUGAGAAGAGGCAGGCUGUGGAAGUCUCAAGUUCAGUUGGUCCCUUGCCCUCAGGAAGUGUGAUUUCAUCAGAGAAUCAGAUCAGUGAAGAAUCUGUAGAAGAACAAGAUGUUUCUGAUAGCACUACAGAGCAGACAGAGGAUGCGGUAACAGAUACAGAGCAGACAAGCGAAGGGAUUGAAAAAGCACCUGGCACAGAGGAACCAGAGGAGAAGCAAGAAGACACCGACAAUGAGGAAACUGCAAUGAAUGAAGCCAAAUCAACAGUUCCCAGAGCUGAUUCUGUUCCUAAUCCUGAACUGAGUGGAGAAUCUUUGAUGACAAUGUAGUAAAUGCUUCCAUGUGCCUUCAACUGGAUAUUUGUAGUUUUGUUGAUGUCAGUUACUGCUUUUUAGGUGGUGCUUUUUUUUUUGAUAUGCUUGAUAUCAUUUGAAUUCAGAUUGCCUGGCUAUUUCAAUAUGUCAGAGUUAUAUCUACUAAAUAUGAAAACUAAAGGCAAGUGAUAUCAGUGAAGUAAGAUCCUUUUGAAUGUCCAAAGACGCACAUUGUUUAGACAGCUUUUGGAAAUUUUUUCCAUUCUAAAAGCAAACAAACAUGAUAACAUUCUUGUUUUCUAUAUGCGUGACCUGUAAAUAAUAUCAUUUUGACAUAGGAAGAACUUUGGUUAGGAAUAAGUUCUAAUGGUGUUUGUUUUAAGGAAUGAAACUCAAUUAAGAUUUUUAAUACUUCAUCAUUAAAAAUUGAUAGAAUUUUUACUCUCAAGAUAUUUGCCAGGGGGAAAAUGUCUAUUUAGGCAUUUACAUUAAGCAGUAUGGAAGUUUUAACUAUAACUAGGCAUUGGUACGAAUUCUUGGUAAAAAUGCAAUUGAAGAGUCAAGUGCAGUGUUUCUUUUUGAUGCCUCUUAUUUUGCAGCUGGGCCAAAGGCACAUAAUGUAUAUAAUUAGCUUAUGUUUACAUAAAACAUAUAGGAAAUAUUUCUGCCCUUGACUGUACUUGAAUUCUGAGCAUUAUUUAUACUUGUAAAAUAAUGAUGAUAUUAUAAGUGAAUUUUGUGCUCUUGUGUGUAUUUUGUUAAGGAAAAUAAAGGUGAUCUGGUAGUAAUUUCUUUUUAUUUUUACAUUUACUUUUAAACAUUUUUAAGUAUAUUUUACUGAUUAUGCUAUUACAGUUGUCCCAGUUUUUUCUCCCUUUUUUCCCCCUCCGCCCUGCACCACCCUGCCAUGGUCCAGCAUUUCCCCUCCCCCUUAGUUCAUGUCCAUAGGUUGUAUAUAUAUGUUCUUUGGCUUCUCCAUUUCCUAUAGUAUUCUUAACCUCCUCCUGUCUAUUUUAGACCUACCAAUUAUGCUUCUUAUUCCCUGUACCCUCCCCCCCUUCUCCUCCUCACUCUCUUCAGUGAUAACCCUCUAUGUGAUCUCCAUUUCUGUGAUUCUGUUCCUGUUCUAGUUGUUUGCUUAGUUUUUGUUUUUGUUUUUUAGGUUCACAUGUUGAGAGUUGUGGGUUUGUUGUCAUUUUACUAUUUAUAGUUUUGAUCUUCUUUUUCUUGGAUAAGUCCCUUUAACAUUUCGUAUAAUAAUGGCUUGGUGAUGAUAAACUUCUUUAACUUGACCUUAUCUGGGAAUCACUUUAUCUUCCCUUCCAUUCUAUAUAUAGCUUUGCUGGAUAGAGUAAUUUUGGAUGUAGGUCCUUGCCUUUCAUGAUUCUGAAUACUUCUUUCCAGCCCCUUCUUGCCGCAAGGUUUCUUUUGAGAACUCAGCUGAUAGUCUUAUGGGCAAUCCUUUGUAGGUAACUGUCUCCUUUUCUCUUGCUGCUUUUAAGAUUCUCUCCUUAUCUUUCAUCUUGGGUAACUUAAUUAUGAUUAAGAAAUUGGAUCCAAUUUCUUUGGGACUCUCUGAGUGUCCUGGACUUGCGUGUCUAUUUCUUUUGCCAGAUUAGGGAAGUUUUCCUUCAUUAUUUGUUCAAAUAAGUUUUCAAUUUCUUGCUCUUCCUCUUCUCCUUCUGGCACCCCUAUGAUUUGGAUAUUGGAAUGUUUAAAAUUGUCCCAGAGGUUCUUCAUCCUCUCCUCAUUUAUUUGAAUUCUUGUUUCUUCAUCCUGUUCUGGUUGGAUGUUUAUUUCUUCCUUUUGUCCAAAUCAUUGAUCUGAGUCCCAGUUUCCUUCCCAUCACUGUUGGUUCCCUGUAUAUUUUGCUUUAUUUUAAUUUCUAUUGCCAUCAUUUCUUCCUUCAUUUUGUGACUGAAUUCAGUCAUUACUGUGAGCAUCCUGAUUACCAGUGUUUUGAACUCUGCAUCUCAUAUGUUGUCUAUUUCCUCAUCACUUAGCUCUUUUUCUGGAGCUUUGAUCUGUUUUCAUUUGGGCCAUGUUUCUUUGUCUCAGGGCACCUGUUACGUUGUAAUGGGUGGAGACUUAGGUACUCAUCAGGGUGGGGCAACCCUCAUCACUGCGUUGUGGCGCUGUGUAUGUGGGAGAUGUCAGAGGGAACAGUGCCACUUGCUGUCUUGCUUGGGUCUCACCCCACUUUCCGUCACUGCCCUUGCUUCUCACAAGUGGAUUAUGCCCUUUCAGAUGCUGAUUCCUGGGUUGGUGGGUUUGUAUAUGUUCUAGGAUGCUGUGGGUCUCUCCAACAAACUCUCCUGUGAGGCUGAGAGUUUCUCCCACUCCCUCAAUCCUCUCAGAUUUUUACAGCCAGAGGUUUUGAGGCUUUAUUUCCCUGAACUGGAACCCAGGGUUGCAUGCUUUGCCUUGCUCCCCAGUUGUUCCUCCCAUGUGAAUGUGGGAAAUCACAUCUGCCAGCUGCUGCCUCGCAUGCCCCAGUCCCUCUUUUUGUUAAAAAUUUAGACUUCUUCAGACAGAGUCUUGGUGAAUGACUUAGCUACCUGAAAAAUCUUAGUAGGAAGAGCUCACAAUACAAUAAAUCUAUAGAUACUGCUGAGGGAAAAUUAUGAUGCUUUUGUGGGGAUUUGUUACUUUUUGAAUUCAGAGUAGUGACAACUAGAGAUUCUAAUCAGAUUUGGUUUCUCCGAUUCAGGAAAACCAUAAGCCAUUUGUAAUUUUUAAUUUUGAGAGGUACAUAAGUUUUGUGAGAAAAAGCAGUUUGUUACUGGUAGUUCAUUGGAUUUAACGUGUAUUAAAGAUUUACUGGGGUCCUGGCUGGUAUGGCUCAGUGGUUGGGCAUUGGCCUGCAAGCCAAUGGGUAGCCUGUUUGAUUUCCAGUCAGGUCACAUGCCUGGGUUGCGGGCCAGGUCCCCAGUGUGGGGGGGAGCAUGUGAGAAGCAACCACAUAUUGAUGUUUCUCCCUCUUCCUCCCUUCCCUUCUCUAAAAAAUUAAAUAAAUAAAAUCUUAAAAAGGUUUACUGGGAAAAACUGACCCAGAAUGGUAAUUUUUGGGCCUUAAAGACAGUGUGGUUAUGUUUUCUGUCUUUCCUUUACCUCUAUUCUCCAUUAUUAAAAAAAUCGAAUUCAAGGUAUUAUGAGAAAAGGAGGAAUAUAUAUGAAUGUUGUAUAUGGCCAAUAUUUCUAAGUUGUACAGUUUAUUAAAAAGUUAAUAAAAUUACAUUUUUAUUUAAAAUUCAUCUUCAUGCUUAUUAAAUCUUAUAUCUGGUAGAUAUUUUUAAGAAACCCUCUCUGUUAAUAGUCUGAAGCAUUACAGUAUAGUGACCAGAGUGUUUGAGAUUACAGAAGUCGGCUUAAAUUCCAGCUCUGAAGUCUUCAGCGAGUCACCUGAUCUCUGAGACUGUUUUUUCAUUUGUAAAAUGGGAAGAAUAAUACUGAUUUUGGGGUAUAAGGAUGAUUGAAAAUAAUUCAUGUAGUGUGCCUACUUCACUGCCUGACAAUUAAUAGAUAUUAAGUAAAUGGCAGUAUUUUAUAUUAUUGAUAACCUUGUGAAAUAUGAAAGGGCCAUAAAUUCUUCCUCUUGCAGAUAAGGAAAUGAAAAAAAAUUAUAUGAGCAUUUAAUUCAGUGGCUCAGAAUCAAGCCAAUGUAUUCUGCAUUAACUUAUCUGUCAUAUACAUGUAUAUAACUACAUGGAUUAAGGAAAUAGGAAUUGAAGACUAAGGGAUAUAGGCUGUAUAGAAUAUCACCUUUUUUAAUGAAUUUCAUCAGGUUUUAGUAAGACUGUGCUGAUUCUUAUUAUAAAACAUUCAAAUUCUGGUACACAAUUCUUGAAAAUACCCCAGAGAAAUAUAACUUAGUAAUAGAAUCAAGCAAAUAUUAUGAGAAUUAUCUUCAAAAGAAAUAUGGAAGGCUAAAAGAGGAUUAGUAAAAUUAAUGUAACAAGUAACAUGCCAUAAUCAUAUAGUUACCUUUGAAGUAGAAAAGUUUAUUCUUAUAUUAUUGUAAUAAACAGUUAAUGGCUAAGAGUGGUGAAAUGUUCUAUUUCUGAUUAUUAAGGCUAGGAUAAAUGAGAGAAAGCAAACAGCUAAGCUCUAUUAGCUAGAGUGACCUUAACUUCCUUAUUUACAUGCUUAACAGGUCAUCAUCUAAACUUUUCUCACCGUGCUCUCAGCAUAAUCUACAAAACAUGACCUGGCUUCUCUCCGUCCCUCCACCAAUAUGCUAUAGUCUCAAAGAGUUCUUUCAGUUUUCUGACCAUUCUAAGCCCUUUCGUUUCAGGUCUCAGUUUAAACCUUCCCUCUUCAGAGAGAUGCCCUCCCAAGCCCCCUAUCUAAAGUGGCCUAUAUAAAGUGCUUUUUACUCCCUAUUAUGUCACUUGAAUCUCUACUAUUCCAAAUAUAAUAAGUAUUUUGUUGACUAGUUUAUAGUUUAUCUUCACAACAUCAAUGUGUGCAAAGCUCUCAUUUGUUGUAUUUACUAUGGCAUCGCCUCGGCCUAGCACAGUGCUUGACACAUUUAUUCUGUGAGUGAAGACUUUGUUGCUAGAUCAGUGAAAGCUCCCAGUCAUUUCACUGCUGUGAAGUAUUGACAUUGCUGAGCACUCCCUUCUGUUUGAAACACUGUUUUUCCUUUUGAAUUUUGAAUUUUCACACUAUUCUCAUUUCUCAGCCUCCUCUUUUUCUCAGUGUCCUUUGCAGGCUUUUCUUCCCCUGCCCAUCCUUUAAAUGUUGCUGUUCCAUAGCUUCUACCUAGUGUCAGCAUUUCUUUAUUCUACGUACCUUUGAGGCUCUCAUCAACCUCCUUGGACGUAAUUUCCAUCUGUCGUUCUUGAUUCGCGCACGCCCAGCCUUGAUCUGUUUCCUUCACUUCAGAGCACCGUACUCACCUGCCUGCUGGAAUGUCUCUCAUAAUCAGUACAUUAAAAAAUGAACACUAUCUUCUCCUUCAAACCUUGAAAACUUUUGAAACACCUGUGUUUCUCAUCUCAUCAAAUAGAGCCAUUAUUCAAGCCAGAAAUGAGUCUAAUUUCUUUCCCCUUUGUCCUGUAUCUUAAUUUAUGUCUCGUAAACAUCUUCCAGUUAUUGUCCUCAUUUCUCUGUCCCAUUAAUACAUUAAUAAUAAACAUUUGUGGUCUUACUCUGUGCCGAGCCACAUGCUGUUUACAUAUAUACUUUUAUUUGUUCUUUGGCGACAACCCUGUGAAGAUUUUUAUCUGGAUUAUAGAAGAGAAAGCUGAAGUGUAGAGAGAGGAAGCAAGUUGGUAAGUAGAAAAUCUGGGAUUUGAAUGCAGGUAAAUGACUUCAGAAGUCUUGCUAUUAAUUACUGUUGGGCUGCUUUCUAACUCAGGCCUUUAUUGUUUCAAAACUGUCUCUUAACUGGUUUGCCUGUCUCUAGUCUUGGCCCUUGUGAUCUGUUCUGCGCUCUGUACACUGAAUGAGUUUUCAAAAUUAGAAAUUAAAUUAUACUACCACACCAUUGCUUAAGCCCUUUAAAGAUUCCUCUUUGGUUUUGGGAAGAGGUCUAAAUUUACUGACAAGGCCUACAAAGCCUGUGUAAUUUUGCGGCUAAUUACACCUGGCAUUCCUCACCACAACCUACCACCACUGUCCCCUGCUGCCUCCACACACUUUUAAUGUGGCAGUACUAAUGUUUUCUGUGGUUGGCAUAUGCAAACUUUUUCUAAUCCCCAACCUCCUUAUGCCUUUCUCUUCUCUGCCUGCAGUAUCCCCCCACUCACAUAGGCACAGGGACACUCAAUAAAUAGUUGUUACGUUGAAGUCGUUCCAGUUAGAACCCCAGUUUGGGCAUUUUGCUAGU